UUUCUAUGAGUAACCCCUGGAAGAGUUGUGUUUACUGUGGAAGUGUAGUGGGCAUGAGCACAGCCUGUGUCAGAUGGGAUGUAUGGAUCUUUGUGUAGUAACCAGACAGCUUGUCACUGUCCUGGUGGGGUAGGCACUGUCCACUAUCUGCUGUAGUACAUGGUGAACAAUAGAGGCAUGGAUAUCACAUAACCCAACCUGAACCAACGGGAUUGACUGAAUAUUUACAAAUGCUUGUCUCCUUGCAAAACAGUGUUGACAAAACCAUGGAUGAGUCAGCCCUGUUGGACCUUUUAGAGUGCCCAGUGUGCCUGGAGCGACUCGAUGCCUCUGCAAAGGUCUUGCCGUGCCAACACACGUUCUGCAAACGCUGCCUUCAGGGCAUCGUAAGCUCCCGGAAUGAGCUUCGCUGCCCCGAGUGCAGGACCUUAGUGGAGUGUGGGGUGGACGAACUCCCUAGCAACAUUUUACUGGUCAGAUUGCUGGAUGGGAUCAAACAGAGGCCGAGGAAGCCCGGGGCCGCCGGGGUCAGCGCUGGCAAUAGCACAAACGCAUUAAGAGCACAAGGCAACGUUACUACUAAUGGUGGGACAGGGGAUGCACAAAGCAGUCAAGGUGGACAGCAAAGAAUCCAAGCACGGAGCCCUCCAGUAAGGGGUGUACCUCAAUUACCGUGUGCCAAAGCUUUGUACAACUAUGAUGGGAAAGAGCCUGGUGAUCUCAAAUUCAAUAAAGGAGACAUCAUCGUGCUCCGCCGGCAGGUUGACGAGAAUUGGUAUCACGGAGAAAUCAACGGUGUCCAUGGCUUUUUCCCGACUAACUUUGUGCAGAUCAUAAAGCCUUUACCUCAGCCUCCACCUCAAUGCAAAGCACUUUACGACUUUGAAGUGAAAGACAAGGAAGCAGACAAGGAUUGUCUACCUUUUUCAAAGGAUGACAUUCUCACGGUGAUCCGCAGGGUGGACGAGAACUGGGCGGAAGGAAUGCUGGCGGAUAAGAUUGGAAUAUUCCCGAUUUCGUACGUGGAGUUUAAUUCAGCGGCUAAGCAACUGAUAGAACUGGAUAAACCUUUGGGAGGUGACUCUGGGGAAGGCACAUCUGGAACUGCACAUAGCAUCAACUCUCAAAAGCACACAGAUGCCAAGAAGAACACCAAAAAGCGUCAUUCCUUCACCUCCCUCACCAUGUCUAACAAGUCAUCGCAGUCUGCCCAGAACCGCCAUUCAAUGGAAAUCAGCCCUCCUGUACUCAUUAGUUCCAGUAACCCCACCGCUGCUGCUAGAAUAAGCGAGCUGAGCGGGCUCUCCUGUAGUGCCCCAUCUCAGGUCCAUAUCAGUACUGCAGGGCUCAUUGUGACCCCGCCCCCUAGCAGCCCUGUUAUAAGUGGGCCUACAUUUUCAUUCCCACCGGAAGUCACCUACCAAGCUGCACUGGGAGACCUGAACCCACCUCUUCUACCCCCUCCACCGCUGGCUGCUGCCAUUAUCACUCCUGCAGCAUCUGGGGCAGCAUCUUCUACCGCUGGCCAGAGAACAGCUGGUGGACCCGCAGAGCAAGUUACCCACUUGAGGCCAUCCACUCGUCCAAGCGUGUAUGUGGCAAUCUAUCCUUAUUUCCCUCGAAAGGAAGAUGAACUGGAACUACGGAAGGGUGAAAUGUUUUUGGUCUUUGAAAGAUGUCAAGAUGGCUGGUUUAAAGGAACCUCCAUGUACACAAGCAAAAUCGGCGUGUUUCCUGGAAACUAUGUGGCCCCAGUAACCAGGGCCUUAACAGCUGGCACACAAGCAAAAGUGGCCAUAUCAACAGCAGGCAGCGGUGCACAGAUAAUGAGCAUGGCGAGUCCUUCCCCUGCCGCAGGGCCUGGUCAUAAACUUCAAGCAAACGGUGUGCAUGUUAACUCAAACGGAGUAUCGCCUGCAAUCAGUAGCGGAGCCCACGUACAGACCAGCCCACAGUCCAAGGUCAUGCUGCACAUGAGUGGCCAAAUGACGGUUAACCAAGCCCGAAACGCUGUCCGAACAGCUGCUGCACACAGCCAAGAGCGACCCACGGCCGCCGUGACUCCCAUCCAGGCUCAGAACUCCUCAUGCCUUAUCCCAGCUGCCGGUGUCCUCCCUCAUCCAGUCGUACCUUCCCUGCAAAUACCCCCUCAGCUUUCCAGCUCAGCUGCUUAUGUCAACGCGGCCAUGAACAUCGGCAGAGCCAACAUGCCAGCGGCUGCAUCGUCACUAAACUCAUCCAGCAACGCUGCUGCCUCUGUGGAGGGAGAUGGUAGCUGGAAGCCUGGCUGCGGAGCGCCGGGUUCUUCUACAGCUCCUGAUAAUGUAUCGGCAUCAUGUUCAGCGGCUGCUAGUAGGCAAGAUAAAGACAGCAAGAAAGAGAAGAAAGGUUUACUGAAGUUGCUGUCUGGAGCAUCUACCAAAAGGAAACCCCGGGCUUCUCCACCGCACUCUCCAACUCAAGAUCUGGAACCUGCGUCCUCGGAGGGAGCGCUUGAAGGUGCUGUAGGACCGGACAUUCUCUCGGCCGCAGCUAAUGGCAGAGCAACCUCCUGGUUGGACAGUGAACCGGUAUCUGCCUCAUCGCUGGCAUCGGACAACCGCAAGACAAACAUGGUGGAUCCUAGUGUCCCUAUAGCACCUCCACCUAGACAGCCAUGCUCAUCUCUGGGCCCCGUACUCAAUGAUUCGCGACCUGUUGUUUGUGAAAGGUACAGGGUCGUGGUAUCGUACCCUCCCCAGAGUGACGCCGAACUGGAACUCAAAGAAGGGGACAUAGUAUUUGUGCACAAAAAGCGUGAAGACGGCUGGUUCAAAGGCACCCUUCAACGAAACGGCAAAACCGGAUUGUUCCCUGGAAGCUUUGUGGAAAACAUUUAACCCUUCGAUACCGAGCAGAGCACAAACAUAUCCGAGCUUUCCAUGCAGCCGGUUGACACGUCUUAAUCCUUUCAAAGUGCAAAUGCACAAAGGCGCUGCUGGAGUCAAAGACCUUACACUUCUAGCGACGAAACACAUCCAUUGUCCAUUCGAGAAGAAACGCUUCUGGCAUAGAGAACUAUCCGAUCUAAUUUUUUUCUGUAUUUUUAUUUGUCCAUGUAUUUUGUGCCUUGUACUGUUAAGUUUAUAAUUCUCAUCUCCAAUAAGAAAUAAAACUUUGUUUACAGGGCUUUUAGCUAAUAAUUUAUUUGCUUCCUUUUGUAUUGUACAUGUUAAUCCGUAAAACCGUUUAAGUUCUAAAUGUAACAA